AUCUUGUUUCUUAAGUGACGAUCAAACGAUAUUUGCAAAGGGAUUUUCAUCCUUCUAUUUAGGGCUAAUAUCAAAUCAUGUCACUCAUAAUCAUGGAGAAUAGCUCAAUUAAGAUACAUGAAGUCUCGAUUUGCCUUUUGGGAACAAAACCUUUAUUAUCAUGAAUUGUUCUCAGUAUACUCGGUUACAUACAUUUGAUGAUCCUCCCUUAACUAAGCAGUUGCUCUGUCCUUAAUUCUGUUCCAAACGAGUGGGGAGCAAGAGAGGUUCUCAAUAAUCAUGCGAAGUCCCUCUUUCUCAGGUGAAUUAAGGCCUGGGUCACCUUGCCUUUAACCCAUAUUUUUCACAAAAUUGAGAAUAACUUAGCUAUUUUGCGAGGGAUUUUUCUCAUACUUGGCAGAAAUGUGUAUCACUACCAUAUCUCUCGGACUGAAUUGUGGCAAUUGCGCCAAAUUCGUUAGUUGCUUUCUUGAGCAAAUUCCCACCACUAAACACAAGGCAAAUCAAAAUGCAGUUAUCGCUAUGAAUAUUUGAGACGUUUUUCAUUGUUUUCCCACUUGGAAUGGCUGCCAAAAAAAAGAGAUAUGUGCUAGGCAGAUUAAAUCAAGUUUUGUCUCUGCGAAGCUGCUUCCUCUAUCAUGGUUUUCGCCCUUUACCUGGUUCCAACCGCUGUCAAUGAAAGUAAUCCUACAGGUUCCUAUUAAUUUGGAAAAAAGACAAAUUAAAACUGUUUAAGAGGUGGGAAUUUUGAAAACUCGCAGUCACGUAUUCAACUUAUUGUCCGCCAUUUUGACACGCGAGUGUUCAGAAGCAAUUAAACUUACAUAACAACUGCUUUGGGGGAUUUCUUUUGUAAGUAAAUUCAUCUGCUUCUUGGAGAAAUUGUUUCCAAAGCAUUCAAAAGCCUAAAUUUUGAUAGACACCCUAAGUAUACACAUCAUGAUAUGAUAGAGGAUUUAUCAAGCUAAAUUUAAUUUCAAAAUUGAAUGGUAUAUCCACAAUGAAACUUUUUUCUAUGCAUUUGUUACAAAACAUAGUACUUUUUUCUAUGCAUAGGUUACAAACAUUGUAAAACGCUAUUGAGCUUUAGAAAUGAACGCUAUAUUAUAAAUUCAUGUUGCAUUGUAUUUGCAGUGAAGUCAAUGAACAUGUUGAGAGCGGUGUUUAGAAGCUUGGUAGGUUCAAAAGGGUUCUCUCUUGGCUCUAAGAUAGCGAUAUCAUGCCAUUUUUUGAGGAAAUGAAGAUAGCAAAGAAAAUGUUAUUACCUUCUUUUGAUGUCUUCCUCUAAAUUGUCGGAUUCACCAGCGAAGAUGGGAAAAACCAAUGCAAAGCCGACACUUCAAAAUGGCGGAUGCCGUUCACGAACUACGCGAUCUUGAUUCCAAGUAACUAUAGUUACUCGCGCAGUCCACGCGAAUUCCGCGAACCUUGCUGGGGGGGCACUGGAGGCGAAAAUCAUUUUUGACCCAGGCCUUAAUUAACCUGAGUUGUCAAUAAAAGAGAUAAUUUAGAACGAUGAAAACAACCUGGCAUGCACUCAAAUGCCAAAUGCCAUUGAAGUUAGUAUAAGCUUUCCUCCUGGAAAAUCUUCUGCACUCCUUUUGAUAAUACCAUUGCAAUUCUGUCCUGAUGAUUUUUUGUGUGGACAAUAGCUUUUAUGUUCCUGGAAAGAAGUACCCUGGUUGGAAGUAUGCUUACAAUCCUUGCACCUCUAUGACAUUUGGACAAGAUGAUCCAGACCAUGGAAAAAUAUGUCAUGAUAUCGGAGUAGGUUCAUCAGACAGCCUUUCAUUUCUAAAAUUUUACAGUGUUAUGUUGUCAUUGUUUUUAUUCUGUUAUUUUAAUAGCUUCCUGCCUCCGAUAAUUGUAGCAAGUCAGCGUUGCUAAAUUAAUGUCCUGCAAGCUUUUUUUCUGAGUAUACCUUGUUGAUUUUUCUUUCGCAUCUAAACAUCUUUUACAGAAAUUCCAAUUUAAAAAUACAGGAAACUGAUUUUGAUUGUUAAAUUUUAUUUAGAUAUGUAAAUAUCCUGAAAUAGAAAAACCGCGUGAUUACCUACAAGUUGGUGUGCAGACAGGGGUCAGAUGUGCACUAGGCGAGGAAGGAAAGAUUGAGCUGGUGUAUAAAACAAAGUAGGUUUUUCUUAUAAACAAAUACAAGCUAUUCUUAUGUUGUAAUUUUAUAUGAAUCAUAUUAUGUCAAAGGCCCGCUAAUAAGGGGUUUAUUUACUGAAUACAACGAUCAGGUGGCAUUUGAUAGACAAUUAUUCUUCAAGAAAAGUUAAUUAUUCAUUAGCAAAAAACAAAUAUCAAAAGUACUUAACUUUUGUACAUAUUAUUGCAGCGAACCCUCAAUCGACAAAAAACAUUCAACGGUACAGCUUAUUUGUGACCAGACUAUUUUAUUCCCGGUUUUCGAACCCAAGGAUGAAGAUAACUAUGUUAGUAUGACUUUUUAUAGUUGGUUUCUGGUUGUUGUUGUUGUUGUUCUAUUUUGUUAAUUCUGUUUAUUUAUACUUUGGAAAGGGAUGUGACUCCCUCAAUUCUGUAUUUUUACCGUUUCUUUGGGGAAGGGGAUGGGGGAAGGGGGAGUAUCUGUUAAUUUUUAGACGGUUCUGGUCGACUAUUGAACUAUAGAAAAUUUGACUACUACAUAAGGAGCUGAAGUUCGAACCGGUAUCAAAAUUUCUCUCGUAGGAAUUACAAACAAAUUUUAGAACGAAGUAAUAAGAAAAAUAUACAAUUUCGGAAUAUAGUCACACUAACCAUAAUCUUUAACAAUGGUUUCAUGUUAUUCCUCUCCAUAGAUAUUCACCAUAAAAACCAAAUGCGCAUGUCCAAAUCAGUGUUGGCCUGUGCCUGCGCCAACAGGCCCAACUAAGGUGAUACCGACGACAACAGGCCCAACGAAGGUAUUACCGACGACAAUAGGCCCAACGAAGGUAAUACCGACGACAACUUCAAAUUCAACGGAACACAGUCCUGAAGGUAAUUGUCAAGAUUAGUGUGGACUCUGUACAUGAACGGAGUACAAUGUUCCUUUUUGGUGCGUGGAAAGGGGAGGGAGGAGGAAGGGAGGGAGGGAGGGGGGGAGGGAGGGAGGGAGGGAGGGAGGGAGGGAGGGGAGGAUGGGAGAGGAGGGUACUGUUUGGAAAGCAACAAUAUCAAAAGAAUGGGUCAUUGUCCUUACAUUUAGAAAAUAAAAUCCAAGAUCCUAAUUUUGCAUGUUGGCAAACAUGCAACAGGGGUCUACGAGAAAGACUGUAUUCAGACCAUGUAAAUGAUAAACCGUCAAUUCAUUCAGACCUGGAAUGCUUUUAGUGGUACGGUGAAUGUUCAUGGUAGGUUAUGUUACUGUAUCUUUUGAUCUGUAUUUCAUCGAUACUUUGCUUGAUGCAACGAAAAGAAACUUCAGCUUUCAAAUCGGGAGUAUCUUCAAGGUUAGCUUUUUGUCAAUUGUAGCCACUACCCUAAAGCCAAUUAGAAUUGUCAUUGCUAUUUUAAUUAUCAUUUGGGAAAUAUGUACGUAUUUUUUCUGAAAUCGAAAAAAUUUCUGACGAUUAAGUUCGCUUUAGAUACAGUGAAAAAACCAUUUGAACACGUGUGCUCUAUCAUACAUCAAAAAAUGAUAAAUUUGAAGAAUAUUUUUCUUCGCUUUCUUAAUUACUUUUAUUUUCUACUUCCGAUGAACGUUUACCUUAUGGCAUUAACGCCUCGAAAAUUCAUUCCACAAAAGCGUGGAAGGUACUUCAUGGUUAACGUAUCCAGUAGAAAGUACUCUAAUAAGGAAAACAAAAACAAUUUCGACCUGAGUUAAUUAAGACCUUUUUUUUAAUUUCAGAUUCAAAAUUGUCUGAUUGGAAGCUGUACAUUUUGCUACCGGCUCUUGUAGGAGUUAUCGUCAUCAUGCUUUGUUUUCUAUGUAUGUGGUGGCAUAUUCUUGCUUUUAGAAAUGCCCUGAAUCGCAGAUGCUGCCAUUGUCUGGGAGAGUAUGAACCGAUCGUAGAGGAACAAAGAAACCACUUUGAACAAACAAAGACAACUAACCUUAUCAAAAACAAAGAUAAGGCUGUUGAACACGAGGAUUUUGAUGUAAAAGACGAACUGGUCGAGCCAGUUCAAGAGGAAGACGUGGGGGACAAGUCCCAAACUGUUUGGAAAAAUGACGUUUUAUCAUUAGUUUUGUAACAAAACCAAACCCCUUGUUUAGGUGUAGGGUCCCUAUUACCCGAGCAAAGAGCAAAAGGCCAGGUAAAGGUUUAGCCUUCGUAAUUUUUCCCGCGUUCAGCCACAAAUCGCCCUCUGAACCAUAAAGAGCGUCUUUGAAAUCCAAGUAAGUAUCAUAUUCUAAUUCCCGUAACAAAUUUAACUGUUUUCAAAUAGUCUUGCACUUGUCUUCUGUUUAUAUAUCUGAAGGGUGGGAAAGAGACAGAAUUUUUCCUCGAAUGUAAGGAGAAAAAAUGGCGUUUGAUGCGAACUGGACGGUGGUUUUUCCCUCCUUUUGCACUAUCCUUGAUCAAAAAUCACCUUUGUAGACCUCAAAAAUAAGAAGGGAUAUGCGAGAGAAUAUUCAACUGGAAGUAAAAUAGCUUCGAUCGGUAGUUGCUUGAUCGAAUACAUCAAAUUAAUUUAUUUAGAGGACGCGGAGUAGUUUAGAGGUAGGAAGACUGCAAGUUUCAAUAAAAAACCUCCAUUUACACUUUAUUCUUGCAACGAUGCAUUUAAAUAGCACCAUUUUUGGAGUUCAUGUAUUUCACUACAAUGUCAUUCACAGCCACUCUCGAACAUAUUUAACACUGUUUAUAAUUCUGCCGUGACGAUGCAUUACAAACAUCUGCCUGACCAAGUGAGACAAAUGUGAAUACAACUGAUUUCCAAAGUGGCAGCGAGCGAACGUUUCUUUGUCAGGUACUUCAAAUCAGUUCAUUUGAAGGACGAGGAGUUGAUCAGGCGCUGGAAGGAUAAAAGAACUGCAUAUACGCCCUAAACCUAGUAACGAUGUCUUCAGUACAAUCUUUUGAAUUCGAAAUAAAUUGAGUCGAGGCACACUGCGAAUAUCUAAAAGAUUGUUAACGAUCUGGUGUGAAACGCGAUGAAUUAUUUUAUGUAAAGCGUAGAAGCUAGCUGAAACAUUGACUGAAACGCUGUAAUCACGG